AGCGAUCGAUCUCCAAGACCAAGUAACACACCAUCUGGACAUGUCCGCUCAUAUUGUUCGAAACGAGGUACCUCGAGACUCUCCCGUUUUGCGCGUUCUUUUCCACACCGGAACUGAUCCAGGUGGUAGGCGACAGGUUUUACUCGCCCGACAUCACCAAAGGGUUUGCAUAGUCCUUCACGCGACCAUGGGGACGAAUAGUCCACUUUACGCAGCAUGUAGUCCCGAUGGAGAAGACGGGGUUUGUCUAGCUCAGGUAACAAUUCCAUCAUCUUGGUGGCCACCUCUUCCAUCACCAGAUAAAGAUGGUCGACCAGGAAAGAUCACAAAAACUCCUCCAAGGAUAGUGCAGGUGGCAUACUCCGUUCUGGAGCCUUGGCCUGAUGAGGGUGAGGGAUGUCACCCUAAGAUGCAAGUCCAACCAUCGAUGGUUUUGGGAAACGUACCUUUAGUUCCUGCGAAGGGCGCUUAUAAAGAACUGAAGCUCGCCGAUUUCAUAACAAUGUUGGUGCCACAUCCACCGUUAUUUCCCAUGUCUAGAAUGCACAUUCCAGUAUUUGUGGAUAGGCAGAGGUCCAAACUAUUGACCGCUAUAGUUGUGAGAGCUCGCGUAAAAAGUGGAGUUCAUCUUCUGGAAGCAAUUCCAUCUGGUGCAAGUGCAUGGAAUAUCACAGUAGACAUCAAUACAAGGCACACGGGAGCCACAAUUACUUUGGUCAGAAAGGAGCCACCAGAUUCGGAAACUCCAGGAAAUAUUGGAGAAGUCAUGGAACUCUUUACCUGGCUCAUCGAAAUAACGGAGGACGCUACCGAGAACUACGAUGGUUGCAGAAUUGUUUGGUCAGCGAGAUAUGAACCACAUCAAGAUGAUUCAGACAAUAUGGAGAUGCAUCGAACAGAAGGGAGAAAAUCUACCUCGCGGUUCGAAAUACAAAAAGACGAUAUUCAAGCCGUGGUUCCUAUCAGCAAAGUAAGUGAGAAUAAUUUU